GUUUCUAACUUCCAUUGCUUGCGUCUAGAUCUCCUCUGCCCCACACCGCACCAUCAUCGACCAACUUGGUCAAAGCUUCAAUCAUAACAGAAACCAAGCCUCAAACUCACCUUUCAGAAUUCAGACAGAAGAGCAAAGAGGCAAAUUCCUUGUUGAAAUGGCCUCCAAGUUGUGCGACUCGUGCAAAUCAGCGACGGCCACUCUCUUCUGCAGCUCUGAAUCCGCCUUUCUCUGCUCCAACUGCGACUCCAAAAUCCACGCCGCCAACAAGCUCGCCUCCCGCCACGCUCGAGUCUUGGUCUGUGAAGUCUGCGAACAAGCGCCGGCUCAUGUCACCUGCAAGGCUGAUGCAGCCGCUCUCUGCGUUACUUGUGACCGAGACAUCCACUCGGCUAACCCUCUCGCUCGCCGCCACGAGCGCGUUCCAUUGGCUCCCUUCUAUGGUUCUGUCAAGCCCAACACGGCGUUUAACUUCCUCGACGACCGUUACUUCUCCGACGUUGAUGGUGACGCUGAAUACGGCAGCAGGGAAGAAGCGGAGGCCGUAUCGUGGCUGCUCCCCAACCCUAACAACCAUAAGGCUAUUGAAAGCCCGGACGUGAACGCGGGACAGUACGUGUUUUCCGAUAUGGAUCCGUAUCUGGAUCUGGAUUACAGACAUGUGGAUCCGAAAAUGGAAACACAUAAGUAUGACCAGGAGCAGAACAGCUCUGCAACUGACGGAGUUGUUCCUGUCCAAAACAAAACCGUCCAAGCUCCGCUUGUUAACGAUCACUGUUUCGACUUGGAGUUCACUACACCCAAAGCCUUCCCUUAUGGCUACAACUGCAACCCUCACUGCCUUAGCCAUAGUGUGUCAUCAUCAUCGUUGGAUGUUGGGGUGGUGCCAGAUGGUAGUGCAGUGCCGGACAUAUCAGUCGCGUGUGGGAAAGGCUCAACGGAAUCAACCCAUCAGGCGGUGGUGCAACUUUCAUCGGUGGAGAGAGAGGUGAGGGUGUUGAGGUACAGAGAGAAGAGGAAGAACAGGAAAUUCGAGAAAACGAUACGUUACGCCUCGAGAAAAGCUUACGCAGAGGUGCGGCCGAGGAUUAAAGGGAGGUUCGCAAAACGCAGUGACAUCGAAUUCGAGGUCAAUGGCGGUAACAUGUAUGGAUUCGGCGUCGUUCCGUCGUUUUGAAAUUAACCUCCUCCCAUCUCCUUCUAAUGUAGCCUGUAAUAAUAUUUUACGACGAAUUUUUGGAGUUGUAAUUUUUACGUGUUUUCUUUUUUUCCUUUUUACUUGACUACUCACUAAAUUACUGUUUUUGUUCAGUAUGCAGUAUGCAAGAAAGUGAAGAAAGAAGAAUGUAUUGCCAUCUGUAAUCCAAAUAACUACGGAAUCUGGACCAUUGGUUCCGCAAUGUGUCAUGUUUACAGUAUUAAUGAUUAUAGGUUAAAUUUUGGUUUUGGUA